AUGGCGCCAAAUAGGAUUCUCAAGCACUUCAAUCGGACUCUCGCGGUCGCAGUCACCGUAGUCGCCAUCUCGACCUUCAACUAUGGCUUCGACAACGCGGGCUACUCCACGACGCAGGCAAUGGACGCCUUCCAGAAGCAGUUUGGCGACCAGGAUCCGACAACCGGAAAGUGGAAGAUUCCUCCUACUUGGUUAUCGUUGUUCAACAGUCUCAACUACAUCGGGUUUGCCGCUGGCGUCAUCAUCGGCAGUCUCGUCAGUGCCCGUUGGGGUCGUCGCUGGUGCAUGUUUGGCAUGAGUGCCUGGGCAGUAAUUCCGGCAACGAUCGCUUUGACUUCAUCCACCAGAGAGCAAAUAAUGGCCGCACGUAUUCUCAACUACAUCUACGUUGGGAUGGAGUUGGCAGUGGUGCCAGUUUACCAAUCAGAAAUCGUGCCAUCCGAGAUUCGAGGAUUCGCUGUUGGGUCCUACCAGUUUAGUCUUAUGGACAGAGUUGAAGAAGCCCACGCAUCGCUCAAGAAACUCCGAGUCGGUACGAUCACGGACGUCGAAAUCGACGAACAGUUUGCUGCUUUACAGUACGCUCUGAAACAGGAGGUCGAACAAGGGAAAUACUGGGAGUUGUUCAAAGGCGUCAACUUGAAGAGGACUGCCGUGGUCAUGGUUAUGAACUUCUUCCAACAAGCUACUGGUCAGGCGUUCGCAUCGACCUAUGGAGCAAUCUUCAUCAAGGAUAUCGGAACCGUCAAUCCUUUCACCAUGACCAUUGUCAACGCAAUUGUCAAUCUGGUCAUGGUGUUCAUUGGUCUUUACCUAACUGAUCGCGUAGGAAGACGGCCUCUCCUUCUCAUCGGCGCUGUCUUGCAGUUUGCAGCCAUCGUGACCAUGGGCUCCCUCGGCACAGUUUCGGAUCCAUCAUUUGCCGUCAAGACAGGCAUUGUGGCGAUGCUGACCGUCUUCGCGGCGUCCUAUGUCUUGGCAUGGGCACCCCUCAACUAUGUCGUGUCGACCGAGAUCCCUGCCCUGCGCCUCCGCGACGCCUCCCAGAGAACAGCCUCGAUGGUCAAUGUCUUGGCCAACUUCCUCGUCAACUUCAGCAUUCCCCACCUACUUUACACUCCAGGCGCCGGACUUGGUUCCAAGGUCGGAUUCAUCUUCGCAGGCAUCCUUGUUCUUGCGUUUGUCUUUACAUGGUUCUGCAUCCCGGAGUGCAAGGGCAAGUCACUCGAGCAGAUUGACCGGAUGUUCAACGAGGGCGUCCCGCUGCGCAAGUUUGGCAAGUACAAGCCGGAGGACAUGUACCAGGCGUCUACGGAGGAUGGGGAGAAAGCUGGCGUGAUCGUCACGGCGCGGCACGAGGAGAAGGCGUGA